AAUACUGUGGUUCAUACUACAGACAGUCUGUAGAGCAGAGCAAACCACACCGUCCGCCGAACAGGAAGGAGGGCAGCUGUCAGCACUGGCGCAAUUCCUGUUUAUUUUACCGAUGUGACUCAGGGACAGUGUGUGAGCUGGUGUUUGGAGCCGGAGCACAGAUCGGCCCCGUUGGUACCCGUCUGGAGGAGGACAUAUACAGCUGGGGAUGGAUUAUUGGUGCCUGUCUUCGCCGCUUUGGAUUUAGUUGAGAAGGCUCAAUCCUGCGCCUCCUUCCGUCUUCUGACCGGUGAGGUGUGCGCGCUGAGAACAGGUGGAUCCUGUUUGUGUGUUUGGCUUCAUUCCCCCUUAAUCCGCCUUAAACCUUUAUGGGGAACCAGGUGGAGAAACUAACCCAUCUGAAUUACGCGGAGGUGCCGACUUCGGACCCAAAUGGGUUCGACCCGGAUGAUGACGGACCGCGGAUCGGCGUGUCUUACAUUUUCUCCAACGACGACGACGACGACCACGAUGACAAUUUGGAUCACUUUUCUGCGGAAACGCACCGAGUGAACCAUGAAGAGAAGCCUUUCGACCCCAGAGACGAGCUGGAGUGUGCGAUCUACUUCAGAGAGGAGUGUCUGUACGAGAGAAGCACCGGAACCGCCACGCACUCUGCGGAAAGUCUGCUGAACAAGUGCAGACCUGGAGACCUGUUGGAGUUUGUGGCCACAGGACAGUACCCACACUGGGCUGUGUACGUGGGGGACUUCCAGGUGGUCCAUUUGCACCGAGCUGAGAUUAAGAACAACUUCCUCACCGAUGUCAGCCAGGGUAAAAAAGGCAGGAUAGUGAACGGACUCUACAGGUACCGUGCGCUCCCGCCGGAGGUGAUUGUGCGUAACGCUUUGGACCACGUUGGUUCCAGAGACAGAGAGCUGUACUGGAGGAACUCUGAGUGUUUCGCCGCCUGGUGCCGUUUUGGUAAACGAGAGUUCAAAAUAGGAGGUGAAAUAAGGAUAGGAAAGCAGCCGUACAGAUUAAAGUUAAUGUUUUCUGAAAAGAAGAGUCACGUCCUGGAGUUUCAAAGUCUGGAGGACGUGAUUAUGGAAAAGAGGAGGAAUGACCAGAUUGGCAAAGAUGCUGUGAUGCAAGAGCUGUCCAGUCAUCUGAAUGCAACCCAUGAAAUCAAAGAUGAGCAUUUUGUCAACUGACAGUGGAUGCUUAAUAAUUCAUCCGGUCAAAAGUUGAGAUGAAGGAUUAUCAAGGAGCUGUCUAACUGCUUUAAAAUAAAGCAUGUGAGAGGGUGAUAAUGGCUCCAUGGACCAACAAACAGCCCCGUCUGUGAGCCUGGGCUCCUGUUGGAAAACAUGCAUCUUCAGAGGGAGUUUACAUGUAAUUUUUCUAGUGUUUUUGCCCAAAGAGAGACAGAGAGAUGCAGAGGAGAAACAGCAGAACAGCCCUUUAAAGGGGGUUAUGUGUGGAGGGAUGCUUGUCUCCAUCCAAGCAGAUCACAAGGGUUAAAACAGUAUUACCACAUGUUGAUUUGCACUGAAAACAAGUGAGAUUUCUACCCCACCCCCACCCCAACCCCACCCCAUGACAGAUCUCCUCCUUCUUUGUAUGAUUUUUCACACUCGAUCUAAGAUGAAGCGACUUAUUAUGAUGCGUGUAUUUGGAAUGAAACUGCACCUGCAGUUAAUUAUUUGUGGAUGAAGUCAGAAUUUAAUUGCCCAUAAUUAUCUUUUUAAUCCAAUGAAUCUUUGCACAGAGGAGUAAAACCUCUUAAAUGUACUUCUGUCUGAAGAGACUGCUCAAAGUGGUUGCUCCUGUUUUACUCAGGUGUUGGACACAAAACACAGUGGAAGGAAGACAACAGCUGUUUUAUUAUUGUGUGUCAACCUGGAAGAUUAACUUCUGUUGCUUUGUAUCCAAUCAUUACACAGCUUUACCCCCUUCGACUCUUUUGUGGACAUUGUUCACAGCUAUGACUGUGCACUUUUAUUAUCGAUUCAUCCAAUUCAACAAUUUAUUUUUGGGAAAAAAAAAGAUGUUUGUAUGAAGGAAAAUGGAAAUAAAUCUAUAUUUGACCAGUAAA